UUUUCCCUCGACAUUCCCCGCUGCAUUUUCCCUCCCGGUCUGCCGAUUGCCGACGCCCAGCGAAACCCUAAAUCCAGUCGAAAUGCAGCUUUCCUCCGAUCAAAUACCCCAAGCUCUCUAGUCCUCUCCAGUUUUCCGAUCCAGGCUUCACUGGUUGCGGCUUCAAGUUUAUCGUAGUUCGGUUUCCGGCGGUGGAGAGAGAGCUAUGAACAACAAUGGCGAGGCUGCGAAAGCCGGGAAAAGGCGCCGAGGUGGAGAAGGGGAAGAUACUAUUGGUCGUGACAGGUUAAGCGCUCUUCCCGACCGCGCCCUUGUUCACGUCCUUUCAUUCGUCGACUCCAGAGACGCCGUUCAAACCUGUGUACUGUCCCGACGGUGGAGGUGCGUUUGGAAACAAGUCCCCGUCCUGAAUUUCAAUAGAGACACCUUUGAAGAAUUUUCAGGCUUCGAGACCCACGUUGACAGACUCUUGUCCCUCCGCUAUCCCCGUGAAGUUCGCAAGCUUAGCUACAUGGACGGCGAUGGAGGAGCUUCCUGGGAAGAUGAACCGCAGCGCAUGGGUUUGUUUGUUAGGGCCAUGAGGUAUGCUUGCUCACAUAAUGUUCAGCAUUUGGUGAUCGACCUGGGUAGUGAGGGCAACGACGAUCGGAGUAGGAGGUGCUCUGAUUUGUUUAGCAGCUCGAUCUCGGAAUGCAAAAUCGAAUCACUGGAUUUGGGGCAUGUAACCCUCGACGGUGGCUAUGGAUUGUCUUGUUUUCAAUCAGUGACAAGUUUGAUUCUGGAAUGGUGUCUGCUGUCUUCUGAUCAAGGCGGCGAGAAGGAAGACCAGCUGGAUCCUUUUUCUAAGCUUCCUUGUCUGAAGCAUUUGGUCCUGAGUAAUUGCCUGGCUGGUGAAACUAAUGAUGGCGGUUGUAAAAGAAGUGUAAAGAUCUCUGGGCUCGAACUGCUUAGUUUGGUUUUUGAUCGUGUGGAGUUUUCCGACAUUGAAAUACAUGCACCGAAGCUCGAGUCCUUCACUCUUACGGAUGAUGUUGGAACACUUCGCGGACUGUCGAAUUUAAGCCUUCCUUCGCUUAAUCAUGCUGAUGUAUCUGUUUGGGACGAUCACCAUUUUGUCAAGGAUAACAAGGAAGUAGCGAGGCAGCAGUUCGUUUCGUUGUUCCAAGGCUUGCAUAAUGCUAAGUCUUUGAAGCUGUACUGGGAAACCAUUGAGGUCAUGAGUGAACUUACUGUGGGUUUGGCAGACCAACCAUCUCCUUUUACGAGAUUGACGUCCUUGACUCUGGCUGCUGACAGUGUGCCUUACAAACUCCUCAAGUACUUUCUUAAAGGAUCCUCGAGUGCAAGACCAAUGAUUGAGUAUGUCUAGACAUAGCAAGCUGAUCACUGUGCAUAGCUUCUGACUGUAGCUAUAUGCAACGGAUGACAACGUGUUGUGUUGCAUUGCAGAAUCCUAUAUUGGUUAGGAAAGGAUUUCAGAAAGCGAUGAACAAUUGCAAAAAAGUUAGAAGAACGGUCUCCGACAGGUUAAGUAAUCUUCCAGAAUCUGUUCUUUAUCACAUCCUUUCGUUUCUGGACACCAAAUCUGUCGUUCAAACCUCUGUACUGUCGCGAGCAUGGCAACGUGCUUGGAAGCAUGUCCCUGCCAUUGACCUCCAUAGCAAUUCCUUCAAAAAGUUUCGGAAAUUCAAAAGCUUUGUGUCCCGGGUUUUGUCCCUCCGCUACGACCUCAAUGUCCAGAAGGUGAGCUACAAAUACUACUAUCAUGAUUCGGAGGUCUCACAUUUUAGUCUGUUUGUGAAGGUCAUCAAGUAUGCUCUAUCCCAUGGUACACGGCAUUUGGUGAUUGACCUCGGGGAAGUUUCGAACGACGAAUACAGUUAUCUGUUCUCUGACUUGUUUGGCUCGGUCACGGAUUCCAAUCUCGCAACUCUGGAAUUAGGGUAUGUCACUGUCGACCGUGGAUUCGGAUCUUCUGGAUUCCGAGCGCUCACCACUUUACAUCUGGAUCGCUGCACACUGGGUUAUGAUCAGGAGGAGGACAUCGAUCAGGAGGAGGACAUCGAUCCUUUUCCUAAUUUUGCCUGCCUGAAGAAUUUGGUCCUGCAUUCUUGCUUUAUCGAGUGUUCCAACAAAUAUAAAAGGAGUUUCAAGAUAUCAGGACCUCAAUUGCUUAGCUUGAAAAUGCUGGAUAAUUCGCUGUACAUCAAGGUUGAAAUAUCUGCACCGAAGCUCGAAUUCUUCACUUUUUGGAAUGUCCAGGCAAUUGAUGGAUUGCCCAAGUUAAGCGUUCCUUCCCUGGUUCAUGCUGAUAUUAGGUUCUGGUGCUAUGACCUGUCGGCAUGGAACAUCCAAUCGCCGAUGCUAAUUUUGAUCCCCUUGUUACAAGGUUUGAGCAAUGCAACAUCUCUCGUGCUGGAUUCCUCUAGCAUUCAGGCAUUGAUGGACAACAUUGACUUUCUGGAACAACACCCCUCUCCCCUUACGAGAUUGGAGACAUUGAUUUUGGAGGCUGUCACUGAACCCUUCAGAUUGGCCAAUUACUUGUUCAAAGGAAGUUCUUGCACAUAUCCAAAGACCGAGCUUCACCAGAGAAGCUCUGAAUCACUUCGCCGUAAGUUAAGCUGUUAG